AUUGCAAGUGGAAAAUUAUCGAUAAUACGGGAUAAAAAUGGCUUUAUCUCUUGAUUUCUUUGCUGGAUGUUUGGGAGGAUGUGCCGGCAUUAUAGUGGGAUAUCCUUUGGAUACAAUCAAGGUCCACAUGCAAACUCAAGACUACCGCAAUCCAAGAUAUCGGGGCAUUUGGGAUUGUUUUCGCACCAUACUCGCCAAUGAAUCGGUGAGUGGUCUUUACAAGGGCCUGACCUCGCCAAUCGCAGGAGUGGCCGUGAUAAACGCCAUCGUUUUCGGCACUUAUGGAUGUGCUCGGCGGAAUUUGUCUGAAGCUGAUCGAUUAUCAUCGUACUUCCUGGCCGGUGCAGCUGCCGGACUUGCUCAAAGUCCCAUCUCAAGUCCGAUAGAAUUAGCAAAAACACGCCUGCAAUUGCAGUCCACAACCACAACCACCCAAGGUAACUUUCAAGGACCGAUGCAGUGCUUGAGGAAUAUUUAUAAGCAGGAGGGUUGUCGUGGCGUCUUUAAGGGUUUAGGUAUUACAUUCCUCAGGGAAGGACCGAGUUACGGCGUAUACUUUGCGACCUAUGAGAUGUUGACCAAGACAUCUUCGGGGGGAGUUUCGAUGCCGCAGGUAUUGCUGGCUGGGGGACUUGCUGGUACAGCUUCUUGGGUGACCACGUAUCCCAUUGAUGUCAUUAAGUCGCGCAUACAAGCGGAAAGUGGCAAUCGCUACUCAGGAAUUGUGGAUUGCUUAAAAAAGUCUGUACGCGCUGAGGGAUACAGUUGCUUAUACCGCGGUCUGAAUUCGACGAUUCUUCGAGCAUUCCCGACAAACGCGGCGACUUUCGUUGUAGUCUUCUGGACGACCCAAUUGUUCAGCGAACAAUCGAGUGAGAUACCACGGGAGAUAAGUGUCACGUCAAAAACGUCGACGCAGACGAAAAAUCGUACCGCGAAAGGAUACGAAUCCUUCGUUAACAAUUGGAACGUGUUCUUUGACGAUAUCUCGAGGAACAAUGAUUUCGUUACUUCGCCAUACAUCCGAUCUAUGUUGCCGAUCAGUGGGCCAAUUCUGAACAAUAGCGCAUGCCUGGUUCACAACUGUAGACGCUCGGGUUGCAAAGAUGACGCACCCUCGAAGCAAAAGAUUACGUUCGAGGAUCGGGAAGAUAGAAAAAGAAAAUCGAAAAAUGAUGAAGAGGAAGAUGAACGUGUAGAUGAAAAGAAGACAGAUUGUGAUAACAUCAAGAUGACCAUAAGCACGUGCACCUGUAAUCUGCCACGCGUACUUGGUAGUUUCAAAUCUAGAAAAUACUUGAUAUUACCAGUUGACAAAGUU